AUGGUGCCGAUCUCCCUCUCCCUCUUCCUCAUCUUCCUCUCCUCGAUCCUUCUGCGGCCGCUCGACGGCGCCGGCGACCGGUUGCGGGCGGGGGAGUCAUCGGGGUUGAACCAGACGAUCGUCUCCGCCGGCCGGAUCUUCGCGCUCGGGUUCUUCUCUCCGGGGAACUCCUCCGGCGACUGGUACGCCGGAAUAUGGUACAACAAUCUUCCUACGAAGACUGUGGUGUGGGUCGCAAACCGGGAAGCCCCCCUCAGGGACCCCGGCGGCGCCGCCAUCGGCGUCACCAGGGAGGGGAACCUCGCCGUGCGGGACGGACGAGGAAGGUCGCUCUGGUCCACCAACCUCACUAGGGAUCCGGAUAACAGCACAGGAGCGGCGGUGGCGGUUCUCCUGGACUCCGGCAACCUCGUCCUCCGCCGCUGGGACACCGCCAGCGACCCCCCUCUCUGGCAGAGCUUCGAUCACCCCACCCACACCCUCCUCCCGGGGAUGAAGCUCCGAUUGAACUUCACCAGCGGCGAAGCCACGCGACUGAGGUCGUGGAGGGGCGCCGCCGAUCCCUCCGCCGGCGACUUCGUCUUCACCCUGGAGGGCCGCUGGGGCCUAGAACCAUACGUCUUCAAAGGCGAGGAGAUCCACUGGCGAGGGCCAAUGUGGCUGGGCAUCCCCCUCUUCCCCUUGCAGCUGGGGGACGUCAAUUCCCGCUAUCUCCAGUCCGUAUAUGCCACCGAUCAGGAGAUCUACUACAACUACUCCAUGAUUGAGAGCUCCCUGCUCGUGAGGUACGUCCUGGACCACUCCGGCACCUACAGCUUCCGCGUGUGGGACGACGGCGCCGCCGCCUGGAACUCGAUAGGGACGACGCCGACGAGGCCCUGCGAUUUUUUCAACCUUUGCGGCGGCGCCGCCUCCUGCGACUCCAGUGGGCAGUCCCCUCUCUGCCGGUGCCUCAAUGGGUUCGACCCCAGCGCGCCGGAGGAGUGGGCAAAGGGCAACUUCACCGGCGGCUGCGUGCGGCGGCGCCGCCUCCUCUGCGACGGCACCGACAGGUACACGAAGAUCGGCGGGCUGAAGCUGCCGGACCGCUACUCCGUGGCUUGGAACCUCAGCCUGAGCCAGUGCGAGGCCUCCUGCUCCGCCGCCUGCAACUGCAGCGCCUUCUCCCACACCAACUUCAGCACCUUCAACCUGACGGGGUCCCGCUGCUUGACCUGGUUCGGAGACAUGGUGGAUCUCGUUCAGAUCCCCCUCCUCUCGCAGGACCUCUACGUCCGUCUCUCUGCUGCACAACUCGGUACGCCCCGUUUUCUCGGAAAAGCUCAAUCUUUUUCAAUCAAACAAACCAGAAAGAACGAAAUCUAUGGAUUCGGCAUCCACGCUUCGUCCUGCAGAUGGGGAUCCUCCAGCGGAUGAUUCCCCCUCGGGGAAGAACCAGGCGGUGAUCAGGAUCGCACUGCCCAUCGCAGUAUCCACCGGCGUGCUUCUCAUGGGGGCUUGCUGCUACUGCGCGGCGAGGAAGCUCAAGUCGCGAGGUAAACCCCUCCGCCGCUCGGCGGACGAGGAUGAAGAAGAACACAGAGUUCACUGUCUGCUUCUGGAAAAGCAGGGAAGAGUGACGGGGGAAAUCUUCUGCGACUGGAAGAAAUAAGGCUCAACGAUGCGCUUGGGAGCGAGAAAGGCGUGCCCAUGGUGGACUUGAAGAGCGUGAGGGCCGCCACUGAGAACUUCUCCAUCUCGAACCAGUUGGGGGAGGGGGGAUUCGGCGCCGUCUACAAGGUUAGCCAUUGAUCCGGUUAUCUUUUCGCCCAUGCUUCAAGCGCUCCAUCAUCAGAGGUCGCUCACGGUGGAAGAGAGAGAGUUCUGGGUUGCAGGGGAAGCUGAAGAGCGGGGAGGCGGUGGCGGUAAAGCGGCUAUCCAGGGCCUCCAAGCAGGGCUGCGAGGAGUUCGCCAACGAGGUUCUGCUCAUCGCCAAGCUCCAGCACAGAAACCUCGUCCGCCUGCUCGGCUGGUGCUCCCAUGGCGACGAGAGGAUCCUCAUCUACGAGUUCAUGCCCAACAAGAGCUUGGAUCACAUCAUCUUCGGUGGGUUGCUUCUUCCUCCCCGCAAGAACCCUAACCGCAAGACCUUCGAUGUCAUCAUUUCACCUGCAAUCUCUUCUUCUUCUUUCUCAGAUUCGACGAGAUCGGCGGAGCUGAGCUGGGAGAGGCGCUUCGGGAUCAUCCGGGGGGUGGCGGACGGGCUCCUUUACCUCCACCAGCACUCGCGGAUGCGCGUGAUUCAUAGAGACAUGAAGACGAACAACAUCCUCCUCGACGGCGAGAUGAAUCCUAAGAUCUCCGAUUUCGGGCUGGCCAGGAUCUUCGAGAUGAACCAGAUGGAGGCCAACACCGCGAGGGUCGUCGGAACAUAGUAAGAAUCAUACCCAGAUCCCCGAGCUUCCAUUUCUCCAUCCCUCCUCCUCCGGUGACCUAACCCUCUCCGAUCUGCAGCGGCUACAUGUCGCCGGAGUACGCCAUGGACGGCGUUUUUUCGGAGAAAUCGGACGUGUUCAGCUUCGGCGUGAUCGUCCUGGAGAUCGUCACUGGGAAGCGGAGCACGGGCUUCUACCACUACAAGAACUCCCUGAACCUCCUCGGCUAUGUGAGUAACGGCGGCGCCGCCUUCCUCUUCCUUCCCCGCCGCUGCUGAUCCUCCUCUCUGAAACUGGCGGAGUCUAGUGCAGGCUUGGCAGAUAUGGGAGGAAGGCAGAGCUCUGGAGCUGCUCGACCCCACAGUGGACAGCCGCUUCGAAGCCGGCGAUGUGGUCAAAUGCAUACACCUCGGCCUGCUGUGCAUUCAGGAAUACGCCGCCGACAGACCCACCAUGGCCGCCGUCGUCUCCUGCCUCGCCGGCGAGGGCGGCUGCGGCUCCCUCGCCGCUCCAAAGCAGCCGGCUUUCGCCAUUGGUAGGGAAUCUAACCCCCUUCUCCCUCUGUCAAUCCACCACAGAUCAGAAGGAAGAAGCUGA